AUGAAUAGGAGUACCCUAAGCACUGCUUUGAAAUUCAAAAGAAGAGUAGCCACUGCGCCUCCUAGAUCUGCGAUUACACGGCUGGAGGAGGAGGGAGACCCAGACGACUACGACGGGUACGUGACGACUGACAAAGGACCGUCCUCGGUCAGCAGACGUGACAAUCGCAGCCACAUGAGGCGGCCAUUACUCCAGCAAUUAAAUGACCAAUGA